AGUGCGCAGCCGCGGCGCCCACAAGCUGCCAGUGCCGGCGAUGGAGCAGCCGCAGCGUUGGUCAGUCCAGCUCCGGCUCCAGCUCCAGCUCGAGCUCGGACUGCAGCGCCGGCCCGACGAUGAGCCGCUUCCCGCCACACACUGACCAGCUGCUCGGAGCCGCGCAACAAACAUCUCGCCAAGAGCCUGCAGACCCAGGAUGCCCGGUGGAAAAAGAGGGCUGGUGGCACCGCAGAAUACUUUUUUGGAAAACAUUGUCAGGCGAUCCAGCGAGACAAGCUUCUUACUUGGAAAUGCUCAGAUUGUAGAUUGGCCAGUAGUGUACAGUAAUGAUGGAUUUUGCAAGUUAUCUGGAUACCAUCGUGCUGAAGUAAUGCAGAAAAGCAGUACCUGCAGUUUUAUGUAUGGUGACCUGACAGAUAAGAAAACCAUUGAGAAGGUCAGACAGACAUUUGACAAUUAUGAAUCAAACUGCUUUGAAGUUCUUCUGUACAAAAAGAACAGAACCCCAGUUUGGUUCUACAUGCAGAUUGCACCCAUAAGAAAUGAAUAUGACAAGGUGGUUUUAUUUUUAUGCACUUUCAAAGACAUUACAGUAUUUAAACAACCCAUUGAAGAUGAAUCAACAAAAGGGUGGGCAAAAUUUGCUCGAUUGACGAGAGCGCUGACAAACAGUCGAAGUGUUCUGCAGCAAUUAACUCCGAUGAACAAGUCUGAUGGGGUCCACAAACAUUCACGUCUCGCAGAAGUUCUGCAGCUAGGAUCUGACAUUCUUCCUCAGUACAAACAGGAGGCUCCCAAGACUCCUCCACACAUCAUUCUGCAUUACUGUGCAUUUAAAACGACCUGGGACUGGGUCAUCCUUAUUUUAACCUUCUACACUGCAAUUAUGGUUCCUUAUAAUGUGUCCUUCAGAACAAAACAGAACAACAUUGCUUGGCUGGUGCUGGACAGUGUAGUCGAUGUGAUCUUCUUGGUGGAUAUUGUCUUAAAUUUCCACACUACAUUUGUGGGCCCUGGAGGUGAAGUUAUAUCUGAUCCAAAAUUAAUCAGAAUGAACUACUUGAAAACCUGGUUUGUAAUUGACCUGCUGUCCUGUUUGCCAUAUGACAUCAUCAAUGCUUUUGAAAAUGUAGAUGAGGGUAUCAGCAGCCUGUUCAGUUCCCUGAAGGUUGUGCGUCUUUUAAGACUUGGCCGUGUUGCCAGGAAGCUGGAUCAUUACCUGGAAUAUGGUGCUGCUGUGCUAGUACUACUGGUAUGCGUUUUUGGAUUAGUGGCUCAUUGGCUUGCCUGCAUUUGGUACAGUAUCGGGGAUUACGAGGUCAUCGAUGAAGUCACCAACAGAAUAAAAACAGACAGCUGGCUGUAUCAACUGGGUCUAAGUAUUGGAACACCCUACCAUUUCAAUGCCAGUGGCACUGGACAGUGGGAAGGGGGACCCACAAAGGAUUCACUGUACAUAUCUUCCCUUUAUUUUACCAUGACCAGCCUUACCACCAUCGGAUUUGGCAACAUUGCUCCUACCACUGAUGGGGAGAAGAUAUUUUCUGUGGCUAUGAUGAUGGUUGGCUCUCUGCUUUAUGCAACUAUCUUUGGAAACGUCACCACAAUCUUCCAGCAGAUGUAUGCUAACACCAAUCGCUACCAUGAAAUGGUAAACAAUGUGCGUGAUUUUCUCAAACUUUACCAAGUUCCUAAAGGACUCAGUGAGCGAGUUAUGGAUUAUAUUGUGUCGACAUGGUCUAUGUCUAAAGGGAUCGACACAGAGAAGGUACGAGCAUAUGAGGUCCUCGCCAUAUGUCCGAAAGACAUGCGAGCUGACAUCUGUGUCCAUCUGAACCGAAAGGUGUUUAAUGAACAUCCAGCAUUUCGGCUCGCUAGUGAUGGCUGCCUUCGAGCACUGGCUGUGGAGUUCCAAAUGAUACAUUGCGCUCCAGGAGACCUAAUCUAUCACGCUGGAGAAAGUGUCGAUGCCCUCUGCUUUGUAGUUUCUGGGUCACUGGAGGUUAUUCAGGAUGACGAAGUUGUCGCUAUUCUAGGGAAAGGGGACGUGUUUGGGGAUAUAUUCUGGAAGGAAACCACGCUUGCCCAUGCAUGUGCCAAUGUGAGGGCGUUGACUUAUUGUGACUUGCAUAUAAUCCGUCGUGAAGCCUUGCUGAAGGUUCUAGAAUUCUAUACGCCAUUUGCAAAUUCUUUUUCACGAAACCUCAUAUUGACUUGCAAUCUGAGGAAGAGAAUCAUUUUUCGCAAGAUCCUUGAUGUGAAGAAAGAGGAGGAAGAACGGCUGAAGAAUGAAGGAACACUUAGUAUCCCAGUGGAUCAUCCCGUCAGGAAACUAUUCCAGAAGUUCAAGCAGCAAAAGCAGUUGCGGAAUCAGGCAGCAGGGCACAGUGACUUGGACAGGAACCAACCCCAAAUGGAGAACCACUCGCUUCAUAAUGGGGCCUCUACCACUGGCACAAGUGUGGUGACAGUAUCUCAAAUCACACCGAUCCCAUCUUCCCUUUCCUUUGUGAGAAAUAAUCAGCAACAGCCUCAGGCACACCAUGAAACCGUUGAGUUGAAGCCAAAUGGAUUGAGUGACCAGCUGUGUUUGAAGGGCAAUAGCUCCAUCCAGACUAAGGCUGGAAAUGGAAAAGGAUGGCUGAGACUUAAAAGUUCUGUUGCUUUCACUGAUCCCUUUCCUGGAUCGAAAGAGGAGAAAAAGGAAAACUGGAACAGUGUCAUCAAAGCCGAAUCCAUGGAAAUUCUUUCAGAUGAAUCGAAAGGUACUGAAUCGGAGAACAACGUCAUAAAGAAUCCUUUGAGGAAAACGGACUCCUGCGACAGCGGCAUUACGAAAAGUGACCUGCGAUUAGACAAGGCAGGUGAGAUCCGCAGCCCACUGGAGCAUAGCCCAGUUCAAGCUGAUGUGAGACACCCCUUUUAUCCAAUUCCAGAGCAAGCUUUGCAGACCACGUUACAAGAGGCCAAAAUGGAACUGAAAGAAGAUAUUCAGUCGUUAUGUAACAGGAUGAGUGGACUUGAGAAACAAGUGACAGAAAUCCUUCAAAUACUGUCUGAAAAGAACCUGACAGAAAUGCCUUCUGAGAAGUCUCAACGCUCCAGUCAGGAAAUAUUUCAUGUUUCUAGGCCUGCAACUCCUUUGUUGGAAGAAGAGGACGCUCAGUUUUAAUUUAGAAAUUGUAAAGAUUUAAAUUUCUCUCAAGAGUUAACCAAAUGCACAAGAUGACUGCUUUGACAGUCUAAAGACUUUUGCGUGUCCAGCUGGAUUCUGGCCUGCCAAAGAAAAUUGUUGUCAGAAAUAUUGCUUGUAAUUAUAUGGAUAACUGCAUGCACACAUAAAACCUCAUUUACAAUCCUUCACCGCAUAUCUUGGGUCAUUUUGUGCAGUGCAAUUACUGUUUUUCUCAUUAGACUUCAGAGCAUAAACUGCCAAUUGUUCUCUGGGUGAUGUCUCUGACUGACCACAUGUUUGCAAAUUGAAGUGUUUUAUCCUUAUUCCAUAGAGAACUAAUGUUUCUUGCUUUGACAGGGUCUGUUUAUUGCAUGCUUUGUUUCUUCAAGAUCAGAAAACAAACAGAUGCUGCUGAUGCAUAUGUAUCACUGGGUUAAGGGUUAAGAAUGUUACCAAACAAACUUUAAAAAAAGCCAUUUUAAAUUCAUUUCAACACAUUAAAACCUUUUAAGGGAGAAAUAAUUUUGACAUCAAAAUCGAUCUGGAGGAAUCGUAGUCAAUUGAAACCUACAGUGUGCAUGUUUACAUACACAUGCAAAUAAUUGUUAUAUAUUCAUACAUACACAGACAUACUGAGGAAGCUCUACACCCCAACAUUAAUAAACUAAUGUUUGUGGCAUAAUUAGGGAAAUGUUAUAUCAUGACAGACAGGUCAUUUUUCUACUUCCAACAAAUAAUUUUGAGUUUUCUGUAGAUAUGAAUUUUUAAUUUUUUUGUUUUAGCUUCAUUUAAAUUUUGAAGCUGAGAGAGGUCAGCACUAAUAUUUCAGUACUGUGGUAUUACAAGAUUUAGAGUGAUCCGGAAAACUAGUCUGUAAAAUCUGCAGGAUUACUUUUAAGAGCUUACUUUUUCUGGAGUUUACUUAUGAUCAAAUAAAUUUGCUGAUUGUAAGUUCUGUGUAUGUAUAUGGGUUGGAGGUAAGGACUCUUGUGGCACAAUGGUAGUGUCCCACCUGAUCCAGGGAUGUGUAAGAAUAUCUCUGAACAGGUUGCUUAGUGGAUAUCUAAAAGUUGUAUAUUAGCUGGCUCAGGAAGUGCCACUGUGCAGGAGCAUAACUGAGCAGAUGUAAAGAUAGAAAAGCAUCUAUUUUACACAUUAUUUGAGAGAUUUUCUUUUGCAUUUGCAAAAGUAUCACUAACUUCAGUUUUUUUUAAAACUAGGCUUGCUCAGGUGUUUGGAUAAAAGAAUCACAUAACUUCAGGAUUCUCUUCGUUGGAUGACAUAAAUUGGUUGCUAUGCAAGUUCUUCAUUAUUUCCAUUCAAUUUAAAUUUUUAUUCUAAAUCUAGAAAAUCAUCUUCUGAAUGUUAAAAUUAAAUUGAAUGGCAGACAGGUUUAAGGGUUUGUUGUCGGAAAGAAAAUCCUUUUAUAGCAUACAUUUAAAAGAUAAAUUUCUUAUUGAGAGCCGUUUUUACUGUUUUACAAAAUUUUUUGCUGAAGAUCAUUUGCUAUUCUUUUUACAACCAAUAGAUUUAAAAUGAACCCUAUAACUGUUAUUGAUUUUCAAGACAAACAAUUUUUGUGUUAGAACCCAGGACAUCUUAAGAAAGACAGGUUGUUCCCCAAAUUUGUAAUUACCCACUGUAUGAACAAACAUAGGAGAUGGUAGCAGGAAUAGACCAUCCUGCCCGGCAAGCCUGCUGUAUCAUUCAGGAAGACCAUGACUGAACUUCUGCAUCAACUUCAUUUUCUCACCUUAUCUCCAUAUCCCCGGAUUCCCAAUGUGCCAAAUGAAUCAAUCAACCUUAGGCUUCAAUUGAUUGAUCCCAUCAACUGAGCAUCAACAGCAGCCUAGGGUCAAGAAUUCCAAAGCUUUGCUGUUUGUUGAGUAAAUGUUUUCCUUCUUAUGUCCAUCACAAAUGGCUGACCACCUCUUAUCCUGAGACAAUGAUUCCAAGACCUGGACUUUCCUGCCAGGGGAAAUAGCUUCUUUGUCAGCCAUGUCCUCCAAAACAGCUGUUAUUGAGAUCAGAGAUAGCAGGAACUGUAGAUG